AUGACCAUUGAGGGAAAGCUUAUGAGAAUACAGACUUGGACUCCUAAUUUUCGACCUGAGGAGGAAACCCCCAUUGUUCCUAUAUGGGUAUUACUGCCAGGACUACCAUGGCAUUAUUUCAAGAAAGAGUUUAUCUCACCUCUGCUUGAGUCUGUGGGUAAAGUUCUAUACCUAGACACAACAUCCAUUAAAAGAGCAAGAGCCAGCAUGGCCAAGGAAAAACAAAAUGCAGACAUGCAGGAGCCUAACAGUGAUGUAGGGACAUCAGCACAAGGAGCACAAAACAGAUCUAAAACAGAUCAUACUCAAAGAACUCAGGUCAGCCAAACAGGAAACAAAGUAAAUAACAAGGGCACAUGUAUUGACUCAAUGCUCCAAAUUCCCACAAUCCCCAUUAUUCCCUAUCUUGAUGGUGUUAUUGAAGUUGAAAGAGGGAUGGAUAGGGGGUGUCAGGAGAGACAAACUAACAUGCAGGAAGGGGUGUCUAAAGGGGGGAAUUUGUCUCAUGUUCUGCAUGAGGGUACUCACAUUGACCAUAGUUCAGACCUUAGAACUUCUGCUACCACUACAGGCCAACAACAUAGUCUAAACCAUCAACAGGUGCAGCAACAAGAACAAAUAGGGCAAAGAAUCAGGAUAAUACAAAAAAUAACAAGGAAAAAUAGCAAGUGGAGGGAGGAACAGCAGGCACAAUACAUGACCCCUCCUCACAAUGUCCCUCCUGAUAAAAUGUCUGAAAAGUGCCAGGUUAACAAAAGUCCUAUGAUUGAUGAAUAUGCUAUGGACAACUCAGAAGAUGAAAUUGAUGGGGAUAAUCAAUCCCUCAAGGAUCUUGAUGAGGAUGAUGAGACUAGUGAGUUGCUGAUUAGAGCUUUUAGUCCACACCAUGAUAAAGGCCUUGAGGAUGAGAUUCAACAGACUCAUUUCACCUCUACCUUUGUGUAUGCCAAGUGUAAGGACCAUCUUAGAAGGCCUCUAUGGGAUAGAAUGUUGCAACAUGCUGUUGUAAAUACCAAUCCUUGGUGUUCAGUAGGUGACUACAAUGUCAUUACUUCCAUUGAGGAAAAGCUAGGAGGAGUACCUUAUAACAUGAGGAAGAGUCUAGAGUUCAUUGUUGUGAUUGAAGCUUGUGGACUCAUGGAUUUAGGCUUCAGUGGGCAGAAGUUUACUUGGUCUAAUAAAAAGGGUAUUCAUCAUAGAAUUUGGAAAAGGCUGGACAGAGCCCUUAUUAAUGAUGCUUGGUUGGAAAAAAUGCCUCAAACUACCAUCACCCAUCUAUCAUCAGUAGGAUCAGACCACUGUCCCUUACUGAUGGAAAUGGUUGCUAGAGAAGAGGAUCAAAUCAGAUACUUUAAAUUUCUCAAUUGCUGGACUGACCAACCUAACUUUCUUGACACUGUUAAAGCUUGCUGGGAAAGAACUGUGGAGGGUAACAACAUGUGGAGAUUUCAUCAAAAAUUGAAAAGGCUGUCCAAUACUCUUAGCUCUUGGUCGAGAAGGGAAUUUGGUGAUAUUUUCUCUAAGGUCAAGGACUAUGAGGAUAAGGUCAGGGUUGCUAAAGAGCAUCUUAUUCAAGAUCACAAUGAAAACAACAGAGCAACACUUCAUGAAUUAAAUGCAGAGUACAUCAGAUUUUUGAAAAUGGAGGACUCCAUUUUGAAACAGAAAACUCAAUUACAGUGGCUCAAGGAAGGUGAUGCUAACACCAAAUAUUUUCACUCACUGAUAAGAGGCAGGAGAAGAAAAUUGUUUAUUCACAAAACUACCAGGGAUAAUGGGGAAUGGAUACAGAGAGAUGAAAAAAUUGCAGAGGCUGCAUGUGAGCAUUUCCAAAAUAUUUUUACAGGUGUGGAUAAGGUUAUCAAUGAGAAUGCUAUCAAUUGUAUCCCUAGGAUGGUCAACCUAGUGCAAAAUAAUAGUCUUACUACCAUGCCCACUCUAGAAGAAUUGAAGGAAGUGGUUUUCUCUAUGAAUCCUAAUUCAGCAGCUGGUCCUGAUGGGAUGAAUGGCUAUUUUUUUCAAAAAUGUUGGGAUAUAAUUAAGCAUGACCUCUUUGGUGUCAUUCAAGCUUUCUUCUGUGGCCAAAUGAUCCCUAAAUAUUUUUCUCACUCUUGUAUUGUCCUCCUCCCUAAGAUCCAAACGAACACUUUGGGGAGAUUUUUGAAGGCCAAGUAUUGUCAAAGAUCUAAUCCUAUUAGUAAAAAAUGGGAUACAGGUGAAUCUUUGACUUGGAAACAUCUAAUGCACAACAAACACAAAGUGGAAUCACACAUUCAAUGGAAACUCAACUCGGGCAUCUUCUCCUUUUGGUGGGAUAAUUGGCUUGGUGUUGGACCUCUUGCUCAAUUCUCUGCUGAUAGUAAUAGAUUCAACAAUACUACUGUAGCAGAAUUUUGGCAUGAGGGACAGUGGAACUAG